UUUUGACAUAGAUGUCAAUCACAUCUGAUAACAUAUGAUAGUUAAAAACAUAUUUAAAAACAAAUAUUACAAAUACAACAAAUAACUUAUAGUUUCCCUAGGUUUCACAUAUAAAUACUAAAAGAAACGCGUAGAAUAAAUAUUAAACGACAGUCACGAGGGAUUUACAUUUUAUUUUUUUAAUUGCAAAAAAUUGAUAUCGCCCUUCACGGAAUUUGCUGGCGAAUACUAUACCUUACAAACAAUAUUCAUAAAAUACUGAAACAUGUCUAUUGAGAGUCAUAGUCACCACAUUUUAGACCAAUAUAGAAGCAUUUCUAAUAAACUUAAGAAGAGAUUUUUGAGAAAAACCAACGAAACAGAGGGUGCAGAAUCCUUUGCAGGUUUAGCACAAUGUUGCGAAUCUCAAGAUUUACAUUCAUAUGCUGCAAUGGGAUGGACAGCAGCAGCAAGAUGUGAAGGAGCUUUAGGGAAUACAAUUAGGGAAACUUCCUAUUUAUUAAGAGCUGGAAGACAGUUUCUACAAAGUGAAGAAAGUGAUUUUAAGACGGGUUGUAUAAGUGUACCAACAGAGAAUCUACAGGCAGGCCUCAGCUCAUAUAUACAUGCAUGUACAAGAUAUCCAGAAGAUUCUGUUAUACCUACAGGUUUAUAUCUGGAAUUAGGAGAGUUUUUAAAUAGAAUUGGUCAUAUAGAACUUACAGAAACAUUUUUAAGAACGGCAGUUCAAGUAUCACAGCAGAAAUAUGACACAAACAUACAUUGUUUAGAUCUGUUAGCUUCACAUUUUACAUACACAGGAGAUUAUGUGUCAGCUUUACAAACCUACCAAGAAAUGGUUAAAAUAUUAUUGAACUUACCAAAUAAUGGCUACAGGUGUGAUGUUUUAUUAAAAUGCGAAGUAAAUUCAGUUUUUAUUUUGCUAAUUUUAAAACCCAGUACGCAGAAUAUUACUCCAAACUUGGUUAAAGUUUUAGAGAAAUAUACUUGGGGAGAUAAAUCUGACAGUGUCGUCCAGGCAUGCCAGAUGUCAGAAAAUUUGUUCAUACUAAUGCAAUCAUUAGUCAUUAUAUGUCAGUCAUUGGAUACAAGUAGCUUACAACAUUUGGAAUCAGAAUUUUGGCGCUUUUUAUCUAGCGACCAAAAGGAUUUGUUAAGAAUAUUGGUUAGAUUAUAUACAUAGGAUCUUAAUAAAGUUGUUAAUUAUCUAU